GACUGUCAUGGCUGAUUCAGUGGAGACUUGCAGAGAGGAGCUGGAUAAAAGGAGUGAAAAUGCAACAAAUAUUGAUAGUGAAGACAGCAACAUAGGUCCAAGAAACGCAGUGUGUGUAAUUCUCAACUCACUGAUACAGUUUAGUUCAAAGCUUAAUUUAGGAGCUGAUGUGCUGAAAAUUGAUGCCGAUCCAAGUAAGCUCCAGAGCCUGUCGACCCUUCAACCAGAAGAUUUGUACAGCUCAGUGCAGCAGCACAUACUGAAUUUGCAGUCUGUUUCAGAAAAACUCAAGUUUAUGGUGAAAGAUAACACUGGAACGACAUCUCAAGUAAAAUCUGCACCAGAACAAACAGAUGGCACCAGUGGCAAAUUAAACACAGAUAAAGGCCUUCCAGAUAACUCACAGUUAAAUGGUAGGAUUAAAGCAGGUCAGGAGGAGUCCAAGCUCCGUAUUGAUGACCGUAUAGUCCAGAUCAAGGCUGGAAAUUCAGAAAUUGAUAGAAGGAUAGCUGCGUUCAUUGAAAGAAAGCAAGGAGAGAUCAAUGAAAAUAAUGUCAGAGAAUUCUGCAAUGUUAUAAACUGUAAUCAAGAAAACAGCUGUGCCAGAACUGAUGCUGUGUUCACUCCCUACCCUGGAUUCAGAAGCCAUGUAAAAGUGACCAGAGUCAUAAACACAUACGGGCCUCAGACCAGACCAGACAGAGGGGGAGAACCUUGUAUGAAACCCAGCUCAGUCCCCAUAGCCUGUGGGAGUCCAGCUAUUGAGGAAAGGCUUCAAAACAUCGAAGCUCAUUUAAAGUUAACAACAGGUGGACCAGUCCCUUUAAACAUUUAUCAGAGGCUUAAAAUUCUGGAGGAUAGAAUUCUGGAGCUAGAAGGACUUUCUCCAGAAUAUUUUCAGUCUGAUAGCUUUUUACAUAAAAGGCAGAAGACUCAGCCAUCUCAGACCUACACCCUGACAGAGCUGGAUGGGAAGAUUAAUGCGCUCAAGGCAACGCUAUUGAAGAAAGUAAAUGAGUCUCUGCCCAUGGAGACUGACGAGCUCCCCUUGUGAAGCCAUUUCCAAUUUGGAGACUGUAACCUUUUGCAACUUGACUCCCCCACUUAAGCAAAAUAAUUCAAGACAAAUGCACAAUAAAAGAUUAUGAUUUUUUUCGACCCACCACAUGAACACAAUCCUUUUUUUUGUUUUGUUUUGUAUACAUACAUACAUGCAUGCAUAUAUAUGUGUGUGUAAUUAAUUAGGGCUGUCAAGUGAUUAAACUUCAGAUUAAAAACAUUGAUCUCCUCAUUUCUUGUUUUUAAUCACAUAUUUAAUUGAUGCUGUUACUUCAUCCAUCUGAUUUAAGUUUGUUUUAUCACUAAUAUUGCAUUUAUUAUCAUCAUCCAAAAAACAAGCCAGCAUAAGUCCUCUUUUCCUAGUUCUUGAAUCUGGACCAGAUUCUGGAUCUGGUCGAUCUUGUGAUUUUCAGCCUCUAUUUAACAUAUUUUGACAUCUUAUUUGUAGGACAGAAAAGCAUCAUCACCUUCCCUUGCUGUGGGUGUUGAUACACACGGUCAGUUCAUGUUAUUUUCUGAAGGGUAGAUUUAGACCUUUGCUCCUCGGCCUCAGGUAUACCAACUGGACUACCAUAUCAACCAUCUAGUUUGAUUAUGCCAGAGAUUACAUUUAUCACAUGUGCCUUUUGUGAAAAAUUUAAUUUUGUGUUUCUUGGUAUGGAUAAACUAAAGCUUGUUUUUGUUAAUGAAAAUAGUAGAACUGCAAAUAUGUGGAGAUGUAACAAUUAUUAAAGCUAGAUAUGUUACUUAUUAAA